AUGGUUAAAAAGGCCAGCAGAAGACUGGUAUAUGCUCUAUCAUCGUCGCAAACCGACACUGGUGGCCAUUCGCUGGGAGUCAAUUCGCUCGCUAUAGACCCCACUCCAGGAGCCAAUGGCCUGACUGGAACACUAUACUCGGCAGGACGAGACGGAAUCAUCAAUGGCUGGGGCCUGACCGACAUCGAUGUGUCCACAAACUGGGACACGGAAUACAUCCCACGACCAAUCGAUGUUAAAAAAUCGGCUGCCAAAACCGACGAAUCCAAAAAGUCACCCGACGGCUCGACGGCGACGGUGUCCCGCACCCAGAUCCACACCAACUGGGUCAAUGAUAUCAUCCUCGCCAAUAACUAUCAGUCUGGUAAGUUUGUGGUGGGGAUUCUGCCUCCGGCGGCUGGGGCUCCGCCCCAGACCCUGGUUGCUCGCUUCGCUCGUCUCGUGGCUGAGUGGUGGUCUCUGUAG